CAGUUCUAUAGAGGUGAAAAUAGCAUCAUGUCUUUUUCUAUCCUGAAACGACAAAUCGGCGAGGAAAACCGUCGGUUUAAUCCUGCGUGGACUGACAAGUAUUUAUUUAUUUACCACCAAGUCCGAACGCCAAACCAAUGCGUUUACUCUGCAACGAGUGCGUUUCAGCGCUGAAAGAUUAUAAUGUCCGAAGACACCACGUUGGAAAAACAUGCCGCAUUUCGGACAAACUUUCCCGAGGGAUGUCAUGAGAGAGCGGCUAUAAUUUAGAGUUUGACUGCAUCUUACAACCGGAGCUGUACUACAAUGAAGCGGACCUGCACAGCUCAGGAAAGGGCCACGAAAAAGAGGCCGUUCACAGACUUAGAAACUGUGAAGGACUGCAUGUUGGCUGUCGUGGAUGAAGUUUUAACGGACGAUAAAGUUUAGACGAGUGUGACAUCUGCUAUCAAACAGGUCUGACACGUCAAACAUUCUCGCCACAGAUGUCUUCGAGACAUGAGCAUCAGAUGGAAUCAAGUCAGCAUUAGAGGCAGAUCCUGGGCAGCUUUAACAGGAUGAGAAGAAGAGGGUCGUGAGAAACAAGCACAUCAAACUUCUGAAUCUCCCAGUCACCUAUCUUUAGAUACCAACUGGCCUGAUGGUUUGAGAUGAGUAGUGAUGACAGGAUAAGUGGAGAUGGAUAAGACAACUCCUCUCCUGUUUGUUCUGCUGCACCUUCUUCAAGUCUGUACCAUCAGAAGUCAUGACUGUCCCAGCCUUCCAGUCAAGAACCUUACUUGUUACAAUGACUACAAGCGGAACAUCACCUGUGAGUGGAACAGCACAAACGUGCCUGAUGACGGAAACACUGUCUGCAAAAUACAUGCUGAAUGGAAGGGGACUUAUUCUUCUCUCAGGGCGUCCUGUAACCUCGAGCCUCUUGAUGUCUCCAGACCAGCCCGGAAGUCUUGCUCUCUGAUCUUUUCAGAGUCAUCACAUGCCUACAAGUUUCAAACAUUUCACAAUAUCACUAUGAAUCUUACCUGUAACCCUGUGAAGCAAAGUGUAAUCAUUUACUAUGAGCCAGUUUGUCACAUAAAGCUGGAUGCUCCACCAAAACCAAACAUCAACUUUACCACUGUUUCCUGGUUGGUCCAGGACAUGGAGCAUCGUGAAAUCAAACAUUACAACACUGUGCUGCAGUGGAAGCAACAGGCUCAGCCAUGGAAUGAUGCCACUCUGCAGCCAAAUCCGUGUAAGAAGGAGUGCCAUUACCAACUGGAAAAACAAAAGCUGAUACAAGGUGAGCGGUAUGAGGCCCGCGUUCGUGUGCAGUCCAUUAUCGAUUCAUGCAACGGAACCUGGAGUGACUGGAGUCCUACUGCAUCAUGGGUGUCACGCGUAGGAAGGGAACCUCAAGGUACCACGGUGGAUUUGUUACACAUUUACAUCAUAGCAGGAGUGAUGGUGUUCGUCUUGUUGUUGGCUUUUGUGAUUUCAAGGGCUGACAAAACCACCUGGAUUUACAUGGUGAAGUGGAUCCCGAACCCAGCAAAUUCCUUCCUGCAGGAGAGCUGGUUGAGUCCGCACUUCACCAAAGAAUCCUUCCAUUCCUUCUUGAAACCAGUGGAUAUCAUCUCUGUGGAGAUUACCUCCACUGUGGAUGUCGUCGCGUCCUGCAGACCAGAUGAGAAGAUGAUGAGAAACGAGAGCAGCUACGAGUCCACCAGCUCCAGCUUCUCCAACCCAAGUUACUCCAAUCUUUGUGCCCCUCCUCCUCCUGUUUCCUUGCACAGUGCAGGAAAUCUGGAGCCCUGUGAUGCCGAUACACCUUAUGGGCCUGUUGCUUGUCAAAGCGAAGGAACCAACACAGGAAAGGACAACAAUGAUGUGACAGAGAAAGAAAUGGAGAUCCUAAAGUUGCUUUCCAAAGGCAGCAGCGACAGUGAUCCAAUGCAGGUGAUUUCAGAUUAUGAGAAGGUCGAGAAGGUCCAGGUCGAGCGCUUCAGACUCUGGAGCCGAGAUUCAGGCAUGUGCAGUUGCGAAGAGGUCAUUCCAGAGAGCUUGGAGGCAGAUAGCAUCAAUGUGGCUGACAGCCAUGAUCAGAUGCCUGAGGAGGAUGAGAAAAAGGAGGGAGAGCAUGGCAUAAAAGUGAAUUUUCUGAAGCUGCUUGGAAGCAGUGGAGCCAUUUUUGGCAAAGAGUCUAUUCAGGUUUGCUCUGAUUACGAGCGAGUACAGGCUGUUCAUAGUCCAGAGGCUGACAGCCCAGAGCUUCCAAGCCUGGAUUCAGGUGUCAGCAGUGGGGGUGAGGAGCAGGUGAGUCAGGAGGAGAGCAUGGAGGAUGAUAAGUCCACUGAAUCUACACGCUUCCUCUUUCCUCCACAUCCUUCCAGUGCCUUACCAUGCUCCAUGCUCUCCAUGAAACAGCUGCCUUUGAACUUCUCAGGGUCAGGUUUUAGUCCAGCCCUGAAACUGCAGCAUGAUCAUAGACUUGAAGACGUUAUGCAGAUGUCAGGCAGCAGGUCAGUUGAGCCUUGUGCUGAUGGUUAUAUGCCAGUGGGACAGGAGCAGAGCUGAGAUGAGACGGACACAGUCGGUUACCGUCAGCUGACCAGUAACAGUAAACGCUGUGCAGUAAAGUAUGUAGCAUGUGGAGGAUUCCUCACAGCUAGCUGUUUGAUAUAAGCUUGCCUGAUAAAAAUACUUGAUAGUAACUCUCAGGAUCAUCUGCUUUUCAGAGAAAGUAGAGGUUUUAAUGAAUGUUAUAUUUUAUUCAGUUAUUUCUGACAAGUAUUUAAAUGUACAAAGAUGCAGGUUUUAGUCACUGAAAUGCUGAAUAUCUGUGGACUUGAGAACUUAAUAUCCCAGCAUUUACCUUUUGCUGCCUUAAUUUUAUUGUAUCCUGAUAGAAAAACAUAAAUCGUUAUGCUGCUUUACCAGAUUUGAGCUGCUGCUACAGUAUCUGCAGAUGCCACGUCUGCAGUCAAAAAUGAAUGCUUCACCUUUACAUGCAACGAGUCUGGCUGCUUCUGAUGCAGCUCCGUUAUUGUUGACUGCCACCCAGUGUACCAAAUUUGCAUUACACACACACACACACACACAAAAAGCAAAUGGCUAAAUGACUCUUCCACAGGUGAUUAGAAUGACCACUCUUUAGGUACUAUGACGUAUGAUUUUAACAACUAAUAAUUCAUGUGAUCAUUCAUUACACACUUCCAGAAACUCCACAUUAGAGUUCAGUGACAUACUGACUACAGAGAUAAGAUGAUAUCCUGUCAAGUUUUCACACUAUGUCCUAGGGUCAUAUUGAAUGCAUUCCUCAAUGCAAAUUGUAAUUUUAUUUUUUAAUAUAUUUCUCACUUUCCUGUUCUUUUCUAUGUUUUAUUAUUUAUCAUUUUAAAGGUGCUUUUUUAUGCUUGUCUGAAUGUUUCCAAAGUUUUUAAUAGUUUAAUGUAAAGCACAUUGAGUUGCCCUUGUGUAUGAAAUGUGCUACACAAAUACAGCUGCCUUGCCUUGCCUCCUAACACAACUUGCAAAGCUCUGUGUGUUAUAUUAUGUUCCUUGUUCCCCACCCCCCUCUUCUCUUAUCCCUCCCCCUUUCUACCCCUCUACCUCUCUACCCUCCUUCCAGCAGCAGAUGGGUCCCCCACAUAAAGAGCUGGGUUCUGCAAAAGGGUGUUUUCCUGCCACUGUCUCCUUAGGGCUGCUCUGGUGUUCAGGCAUAUGGGUUCUGUAAAGCGUCUUGAGACAAUUUGAUUGUAAUUGGCGCUAUAUAAAUAAAAUUGAAUUUGUUUUUUGAAUGGUACGAAGCUUGCACAACUUCACACCAGUUUACAGCCUUUUUCUCUUCUUCUUUCAGUGGUACAUUACUAUUGUUCCAUAAGUCCCAGCUAUAAAUGUCCUUAGUUGACAAUAGAAUAGUAUUUCUUGUGCUUAUGGCUUGUAUGCGAGUGCUCUCUGCUGGUACAAUAUGACCGAAUUACAGUCAACAAAACAGGAUAAUCUGGGGUCAUCUGUCAGCAUUUCUUAUAUAUUUUUAUUUUUAAUGAUCAAAAGGCUUCCAUGUUAUGAAUUUAUUUGUUGUUUUGUCUUCAUGUAAUGUAAAAAGAAAUAAAUGCUCUUUUGAAAGAA